AUGGCCACCACCUCCUCCGGCACGCUCUGCAAGCACCACAGCGCGGCGGCCGUCUCAUCCCGCCGCUGCCUCCGGGUCUGCGCCGUCGUCUCCGUGGCCGCGCUACUCCUCCUGGGCGUGGCCGCCGCCGUGCUGGCCAUCACUACGCUCCGCCCGCGCGCCACGGCCGCCACACUUGAGGGGCUCCGCCUCGCCUCGCUCUCCCUCUCCCCGGGGCCGGGCACCCCCUCACUCAACGCUACCAUCGACGCCGACCUCGCCAUCCGUAACCCCUAUCCCGUGGCCGCCUUCGCUCACGACGCCGGGCGCGUCGAGGUCUACUACCGCGGCGCGCUCGCCGCGGACGCCGACCUCCCUCCCGGGCGCGUCGGCGCGGGCGGCACCGAGCAGGUGACCGUCCGCCUCACCGUGGUCGCGGACCAGCUUGCCGCGCACGCGCCGCAGCUGUACGGCGACGUGGUCGGCACCAAGGACGUGCCGCUCAUCGUGCGGAUGGCCGUGCCGGGCACGGUGACGGUGCUCGGCGUUUUGAGGCGCCGCGUGGUUGUCGUCAUUGUGUGCGACCUCGCAGUGAGCGUGCAAGCACCGGGCACGCAGACGUCGUCGUGCCGGUACCGGACCAAGCUCUAG